AUGGGAGACUUCGGAGAGGGUGAGCUCUACUGUGGAGCAGACGAAACGGCGAGAGAAGAAUCACUUAUUGCUGUUGCAUCAAACGACACCGCGAAUAUGCUUCGACUUAGCAGCUCCCUCCAAUCUGUUCGUGCGCUGGCCACAGCUGCGGCGGCGGCUCCUGCCGCAUCGAAACGUCCUGCUCGAGUAGGUCCGAACAUUGUCCUUGUGGAUGCGGUUAGGACCCCUUUUGUUAUGUCUGGAACUGUUUUCAAGGAUUUAUGGGCGGUUGAUUUGCAGCGAGAAGCUUUGAAAGCUCUCAUUGCUCGCACACAGAUACCGUACAAGGACAUUGAUCAUGUAAUUUGCGGUACUGUGAUUCAAGAAUGUAAAACGAGCAAUGUGGCUAGAGAAGCUGCUCUGCAGGCUGGCUUCCCCGACAAGAUUCCUUGCCACACAGUCACACUUGCGUGUAUAUCCGCUAAUGUUGCAAUGACGACAGGUAUGGGUAUGUUAGCAACAGGAAAUGCGAAUGCUGUCAUUGCCGGUGGCGUUGAACUCCUUUCAGACGUGCCCAUCAGAUAUAACAGAAAGGCUAGGAAAGCAAUGUUGGGCAUCCAGAAGGCAAAGGCUGUCGGCGACAAGCUGAAGAUUGGAGGGGACAUCGUGUUGAACAUGUUCUCCCCUGAGCUACCCGCAGUGGCAGAGUUCUCCACCGGAGAGACAAUGGGACACAGUGGUGAUCGACUUGCCGCAGCCUUCAAUGUUUCUAGAAAGGAACAAGACGACUUUGCCUUGCGUUCUCAUUCCCUUGCGAAAGCUGCUGCAGAAGCUGGCAAACUCAAAGAUAUCAUUCCAGUGUUCUUGGAUGGAAAGAAGCCGCAGACGAUUAAGGCAGAUAACGGUAUUCGCGUAUCAACUCCCGAGAAGAUGGCAUCUUUGAAACCCGCGUUUAUAAAACCUCAUGGAACUGUUACAGCUGCCAACGCUUCCUACCUUACCGACGGUGCUUCCGCUUGUCUUAUUAUGACUGAAGACUUCGCUCUUGCUAAUGGUUACAAGCCUAUUGCUUACCUCCGAGAAUACCAAUAUGUCGCACAGGACCCUAAAGAUCAGCUGCUUCUUUCACCAGCAUACGUCAUUCCUAAGUUAUUACAGAAGGCUGGUCUUGGACUAAAUGACAUCAGCGUAUUUGAAAUCCAUGAAGCAUUUGCUGGGCAAGUGCUAGCUAAUCUGAAUGCAAUGGAUUCAGACUACUUCUGCAAAGAACAUAUGGGUCGCUCCGGUAAAUUUGGUCGGAUACCAAUGGACAAGAUCAACAAAUGGGGUGGAUCCCUUUCUAUUGGACAUCCAUUUGGAGCAACUGGAGUUAGAUUAACGGCACAUGCUGCUGGCAGACUGAAGGAGGAAAAAGGGCAGUAUGCAGUAAUCGCUGCUUGCGCUGCAGGUGGACAUGGAGUUGGAAUGCUUGUUGAGGCAUACGGCAAAUAA